GCAAGGGUUGGGCUGCAUACGACCACUGAAUUUUGUGAGAGGGUUUUGUGUUCGCCGUUUUCCAUCUUUAAUCUCUACUCCUCCGCCGGCAUUUUCCGGCGAAGACGCCUACAUCUGCCUCAGCGUUUUGGAACCCUUUCAAAUACUUGUAUAAGUUUAGUCAGUGAGAGGAAAAAUCAUGGUGAGAAAAAGCGGCAAGUUCAAGAAGAAGGAAGAUAAUGGCCGUCCCAAGAAAAAAAAUUCAAUUCGAUUUGAUUCGGAUAAUGAAGACAUGAUGGACGACGACAUUGAUGUUUUCCACAAGAAAAGGGAUGUUGUACCACUGAACAUACACGAGGAUGUGGAAGAAUCCGACGAGGAUGCCGAGCAGCCUGUGCUUGAUUUUGAGGAUGAUGAUGAGGAAGAUGCACACACUGACGAAGAUAAGCCGCCAAAGGGUCUGGCUGCAAAAAUUGCAAGAACACAAAAAUUUUUGCGGGCUAAAUUUGGCGAUGUUGAGGAUGGAAUUCUUGCUGAUGCUGAUGAAGAAGAACCAGGAAGGGAUUUUUGGGGUAAAAAAAGUGACCUGUAUGGUGCUGAUGUUGGCAAUGAGCCACAAUCAAGUGAUGAUGAAGAUGCAGCUGAAGAGGAGGAUGCAGUUUUGAAACGACAAAUGACAAUAGCGAAUAAUCUAUCAAUGGAGGAUUAUGGUGUUGUAGAUACUAGCCAAGAUGAGACAGAUAGGGAGCUCACGUUUCAGGAAAUCCUGGACAAUGGAAAUGUUCCAUCGAAAGCUUCCCUCGACAAAGAAAUCAAGGUUGAAGAAGGAAUGACAUAUGAAAUAGUAAAGAAAGAUUUAAAUGCAUUGACAAAGGAAGAGCAAAUGGAUGUUGUGUACAGCUCUGCUCCGGAGUUAAUUGGCCUUUUAUCAGAGCUGAAAGAUGCCCUUGAGCAACUUGAGAACAAAGUGAACCCACUUGUAAUUACACGACAAGAGAGCGGAAAGAACCAAACUAUAACCUUUUAUCUUCUUCUCAAGUCCGAGGGGCAGCCUGUUCGUGAUCACCCAGUUGUUUCUCAUCUUGUUGAGAUCAAGAGUUUAUUGGACAAGAUAAAAACCAUAGAUGAUAACCUUUCUUUCGACAUGGAAGAAAUUUUAAACAAGGAAGUGAAUGGUGCAGGAGCUGUUAAGUUAGUGGAACAAACUGCUCCAGUAGAAUCUGAUUCUUUCGAAAACAGUGAAAUGUGUUCCAUCGUAGCAUCUGCAGAACAAGCAACAGUAGAGGUGGGAUCCUUUGAUUGGUCUCCCAACAAAGAAGUUGCGUUGAAUACCUUAAAAGAAGCUAAGGGGUCACAAAACAAGCAUCAUGAUAAGCAAGUCGGACCACAAAGCAUGGAAAUGUUAAAAAUAAGAGCUUCUCUUGAGGAGAAAUUGAAACAGCAAGGAGUUUUUAGUUCCAUGGCACCAAAGGCUGCUAAGUCUAGUAAAAAUCAACAACCAGUGAACAGGCAACUUGAGACAUUUGAUGAUUUUAUUGAUGAGGCCAUGGAAAUAGAUGGUGUGUCAAAGGGAGGGGGCAAUGGGGAUGCAAUUAAGAAAACGAUUCUUCGCCCAAAUAAACGCAAGGUUGCUGAUGGUGAUGAUGAUAUACCAAAACGAGAUGAUAUUGGGGAAAGGCGAAGAAAGCAUGAGCUACGAGUUCUGGCAGGAGCUGGAAUCAGUGUUGUUAAAAUCGCGCCCCGAGCGCGCUUCGCGGGUCGCGGGUCGCAAGGGUCGAGACCGACAUCGCCCCGAUGCGGCGGGGUCGUGCGAGAUCCGUGGAGCGAGCCGAUUUUUUCUUCUCCUUUCUUCUUCAUCAGCCACCACUCCUUCGGUGGCUCUUCUUCAGCAAAAGCAAAAAUCACUUUAUUCUUCAGCCACCACUCCUUCGACGACUCGACGUCCAGAUUCUCAAGGUUUAUCUACAUGUACGAGCAUCAAAGUUUUUCUGUAUUCUCCUAUUUUCCAUCGUUUUUCUUGGGUGAACUCAAAUUAAAGUUUGGCUUUUUAUCUUUCUUGCAUCGGGGUUUAUAUAAUCAUCAUUCGGCUAUUCUGGCACCCCGAUUCGUGGGUCUCUCGGCCCGCCGCCCCAUCGCCCCGCGACCCGGGGUCCCCCUCAUCGCCCCGGGGCGCCCCGCGACCCUAACAACACUGGCUGGAAUUAAUUCUGGUGUUGAAUAUGAGACCGGCAGCCUCUCUAGUGAUGAAGCUGAUGAUGCUACCGGAGAUAGUGAUGCUGAUUCUGAUUUAGAAUUCUACAAACAAGUGGAAAGCAAACAUGCUGCAAGGCUUGCUGAAAAAUCUGCCAAGUACACCAGAGUUGCGGAAGUUCCAUCACUGACAGAUACUGUUGCUGAUGAUGGAAAGCGCCAUAUCACUAAUCAAUUGAAGCACAAAAAGGCAGAAGUGCGUAGAAAAGGGCAGGUUCACGAGAUCAGAAAGCCAACAGGCAGCUAUGGAGGUGAAGCAUCUGGUAUUAAUGCAGGGAUCAGCCAGAGUGUCAGAUUCAAGAACUAGUAGCUCUUCUCUCAUAUUUAUUGGAGAUAGCAGGAUGUUUUAUGUCUCUUGCAGUUUAUUCAACAUUAGAUUUACAGGCAUUGUACCAAUUAGUGCUUGCUUGCAAUUUUGACUAAUUUGUAACUUAUAUUAGUUAGAGCAUUGAAAAAAAUUUCAAGUUUGGCCCGUA